AUCUUUUCUUAUGCUCAUCUAACAAAGAUCAAUAGUCUGAAUGCCAAUAGCGAAAUAUUAUUUAGCACAAAAGAGAUAGAAAUAGAAAUUUGUUGUUCCUUCACCAUUCACUAAAUGCUCUUUUUUUUCCAGAUCAACUCAUUGCUAUCACAAUUCCAAAAGAAUUCGACCAUCUACUUCAACGACAACGGGAAACUUUGGUUAACAAUUAGAAUCUUUUUAUUAUUUUUCUUCUAUUUCAGACUGAUCAGUUUUAUUCUCGUACUGAAAUAGCUUCUUGUAAUUAUGCUGCGAGACAGUUUGGUGUCGAAAAUGGAAUAUAUUUAGUUAAUCAUCAAGAUACAUCUCGACAACAUACUGUUUUCUUACGUAGUUCAUCUGCAUGCAUUUUUGUUGCUUGGCAACAUCCAUUUUCUCUCUACACUAUUUCUAAUCAAAAUAAAAUUAUUAAAAGUCAAUAUAAUAUUGAUUUGUCAACAAUUAAUGUUUAUGGUACACGAUAUUUGGGUGAAGGAUUGAUCAUUGGUACUUAUAUUCUAUCUGACUAUUGGCAUACACCAAAUAUCAAUUAUAAUGAACGACAAGCAUUUGUUAAUGCCACUUCAUUUUUUAUUCCCGUACCUGUUCGAAAUCAUUCUUUGAAAUAUGCUGGUGGAUGGGAUAGUAACGAUUAUCAAAUUGAUAUAAGUAAACAACAUGGAAUUUCUGAAUAUCAAUGGUUAAUUGAUCGAUGUGUACAAUUGGGUAUAACAAGAAUCACAUUUGGACCAUCAAAUUCAAAUGUAUCAUCUCGUUUUUCUACGACAGAAGGAAAAUGGUAUCCAACUAUUGAUCUAAUUCGUUCAACUAUUCAAUAUAUGUUAGAUUAUGCAGCUAUGAAAAAUGUCAAAUUGAUUAGUUAUGUCUAUUCUCCACUUGGAUAUCGAGCGGAAGGUGAUGAAAAUUGGUUAUUUCCAAGUGAUCAUUGUGGACCCUAUUGUUCAUCAUUAGCAAGUGUACAAUUUCAAGAAUAUUUUUUAAAAUUACUUGUCGAUUUUGUUGUAGCAACAGGAUUAGCCAUUAUUCAUACAAUUUUACCAGCAAGAGAUUUAGAAGAAUUUAAUCGUUUUCCUGCAAAUUUUUUAGAAUUUUGGAUAAAAUGGUUGAAAUGGAUAAAUGAUAAUUUGGAAGAAAUUAGAAAUUCAAUUCCAUUCACAUCAUAUGCCACAACAGACUGUGACGGUUGGUCAUUGAUGAAAACAAAUGGUUAUGAUGGUUAUUUAUUUCUAUUUAAUCCAAAUUAUUUUCAAAAUAAUUUAAAUUUUAAACUCGAUGGCACAUUAAAUAUAGUCGGUCCGUCUGAACAAGGUUACUGGCUAUUAAGUGAAAUAUAUCCAGAAAAUAAACAUUCUCAAUUUAUUGAAUAUAAUGAAAUAUUAGAACUAAUUCUUGAUGGACAAAGUGCAACGAUUUAUCAACUUUCUUUUAUUCAAUUUCUUGAGAAACCAAUUGUUGUUGGUACUAGUGGUGAUAUAUUUUUAGUAAAGCAAGACACUUUAGCAAUCAAUGGAGUAUUUGUGGCUACUUUAAUGAUAAGUGAACAAGUAGUAGAUCAAUUGAACAAUCGACGUAAUGAAUAUUCCGUUAACUGGAUCGAUGAAGAAUUGAAUGAUGCUUCUUGGUUAGGACCUCAUCGUUUGCUUUUAUUUAUUUUUAUCGUUAAUCCAAAUGAUCAAUGGAUUAUAAAUGCUACUUUAAAUAAUGCAACAGUAUUUGCUAAUAAAGCAUAUAAUACAAGAAAUCCUAUUGAUCAUGAUAGAUUUAUAGGAUUUUAUUUAGAUUUAACAAAUAUGAAAAUACAGGCAAAUAAUGAAUAUUUUGUUUUACUUAGUAUGCCUGAAAUGAAAGCUGGACAAUUUAAAGGUUUAUUUUGGGAAAAUAUUGAACAAAUAUUAGUGAAGCAUAAAAUUUUCAAAAAGUAAAAUUUUUCUUCCAUCAUCUUGUCACUUAUGCUGUGAUAUUAAUUUUGUAUUUAGAUAUGUUUUUUAUUUUUUUCGUAAAUAAGAGUAACAUAUUAGAAAAUAGAAAGUGUGUCCAAUAACAUUGUUACUGUUAAAGGGCAACAAUAGAAAUAAAAACUUUAGUACAAUUUCAGCUGAAACACUCAUUACCACAUAUGGUAAUAGAAUCUCAGCAGGUGUACAGAAAAACUACCCUCUAAAGGGGUAAUAGUGGUAUAUGAUACUGAGAAACUCGGCAAAUGCUUCCGCACAUAGAUAAAAUUCCUACGGUCUUUCUGUCUGAUUUUGUCUAUAAAGCCACAUGCUCUGCUUGUGGUGAAUUUUAUAUUGGAAAGACGUAUAGGCACUUUUGUACAAGAAUGGAUAAACAUCUGGAGGAUCAGCAAAAGCCAUCGAAAAUUCACAACCAAAAGCAACGACUUCAGGUUCCACUAUUUUACUCAGUGUUUCGACUGACUGCGCACUUUUGAAAAGCAUGUCGAGUUGUAAAAUUACAAAGCGUAGAGAUAAAACAUCUACAAAGAAUAGUUGUGUCUCAAUAAAAAUAGGCCAACGACUCCCAAUUACUCGUUCUCAAACGGAUAGCCUACCGUCAACUACGGAACAACUUGAUCCAACUGAUAUUGAAAAAACACGCAAUACUUUAUUGUAAACUAAAACAAAAAUCCGUAUGUACAACAAAAUCAGUGAUAGGCAAAUAUUAUUCAACUACAGGUCACGUUAUCACAAAUAUGACUUUGAAAUCGUAUUAUAUAUUAUAUUAUAUAAUAUUACGAGAGAAUCAUCGUUAUAAACUAUUAGUGAAAGAAUCGUGAGUCAUUAGGACAAUCUCUCCAAUCCUUAAUGGUACAGAUCGUUCCGUACUAUUAUAUGUGUAUUCCAACGGUGUUUGAUCAGCUCUAUGAGAGAGAAAAAACAUUUCGCAUAAAGGCUUGCUUAAAGAGGGAAAAAUAAAGUCACGCCAUCUAUAUUCAAAAUUCGAGAAAAAUUGACAAAGAAAUAGAGUGAAAAGAUAUAUUCACUUGAUAAUGACCGUAUAAAUAGAUCGAAAAUUCGUGUUUUAAUAAUUAUUCUGUUUAUUCUUAAUAAACUCUUAAUUAUGUUAAACCAAGUUAAGAAUGUUUCAGCAGCAAUUGCACUAAAGUUUUUAUUUAGAAAGUGUGUUGUGCUAAUCAAAAUGGAAAAUAAGAAGUAUACAGAUUAGAUCAGUUUAAUUUGUGAUUAAUAUCUCGAAUAAAUUUCUUUUUAUCAUUAUACAUUGAUCUUUUGAAUUGAGAUUCCUAAUAGUCAGACAAGUAACAAUAAGAAAAGAAGAACACCAAAAUGUCUUUUAUGGCACAGGAUUUUCUAAGAUAGCUGUCCAUUGUUUGGACACGUGUCAUCAUACGUACUAACUGGAAUUCAGAAAUUCUUGCAGUUAAAUCACACCUUAUAAAAAGAACUAUUAAAGAGAGCUUGUUGAUGGACAUUUAUAUAAAACAAAACAAAAGAAAAAUCUGUUCACAAAAAAGUUUUCACCUUAAAGUAUUUUGAUGACGUUCCACAUAGUCCACAUAUAUAAAUAGAAAGUUCGAAUAGAAUAGUUUUGUUCGAUCUAUUUUAUUUUGUUGUGUUCUAUACAUGUGACACUCGAUAGUUGAUUCUGAAGUCAGAAAAAUAUUUGCCUAUCACUGAUUUUGUUGUACAUACGGAUUUUUGUUUUAGUUUACAAUAAAGUAUUGCGUGUUUUUUCAAUAUCAGUUGGAU